AUGGUAAGAACUCCUUUCUAUGACAAAAAUGGAGUGAAGAAAGGUGCAUGGAGCAGAGAAGAAGAUGAUAAGUUAAGAGCUUAUGUUCACACUUAUGGUCACUCUAAUUGGCGUCAACUCCCCAAGUUUGCAGGUUUAGCAAGGUGUGGGAAAAGUUGCAGACUUCGUUGGUUGAAUUACUUGAGACCAAAUCUAAAACACGGGAACUACACCCCAGAGGAAGAAGAAAUAAUCAUCAGAUUACACCAACAAUUUGGAAAUAGAUGGUCCUUGAUAGCUGAAAAACUUCCUGGAAGAACAGACAACGAGGUAAAGAACUAUUGGCACAGCCACCUGAAGAAGAGCUUGAAGAAUUAUAAUAAUAAUAAUAAUAAUAAUAAUAAUAAAGAGGAUUUGACCAAGGAAAAGAGGCGUUCAUCAAGCAACGUGAAUUCGUUGCUUUCGGAAAUAGACUUUACAAUACAAGUUUUAUAA